UUCCCGCCCCGCUCCGCCUCGUGCCACAACGACUCCGGCUUGUCAGCUGCACGAGACGUGCGGCAUCUCGUCUCAACCUAUGAAAACUGUCAGUUAAAGCUAGCGCCUAGCUCCUCUCGCUUUAAACUUAAACUUAGCUUCGCCGAACAGUGAAGAGCCGGAGCCUGGUUCUAACAGCGGGAACAGAGCCCUGUCACGCCUGCGUGUGUGAGAGUGUGUGCGCCUCCCCGGCGGCGGCUGGCGCCCUUUGUAACUGAAGUAGUGAAUGGCCCAGGCAGAAAGAAAUGAGCUGGGCUGAGGAGGACUGGACAGUAGGGCUGUCUGGACGGGUUCUGCAAAAGGUGAAGGAGCUGCAAAUCCAUCAUGAACGGCUGUCCAGGGAAAACAAGCAGAAACAGCUGCAGCUGGACAACAUCCAUGCAAGCCUUGAGAAGCAAACUGUGAAAUAUGAGGAGGUACGUGUGGAGCUGCAGUCGGUGCAGCGAGAGCUCCAAAGCGUUCGGGAUGAGGCCACGACAGCGGGGACGAGCAGGGACCGCCUUACGCAGGAGCUUCAGACUAAGCAGGCCCAAGUUUGCUCUUUGGAGGGCCAGCUAGAUGCUGCUCGUACCCUCAACAACAAACUCACCCAGGAAAUCAAAAGGCUGGAGGCCGAGCUAGAGAAGCUGCAGAACAGCAUCAGGUCACCAGAUACCUCUCUGUUUUCUACUCCCUGCUGGAAUACAGCCUCGCCCUGGGAACACAAUGGGAGCCGACAGGAAGAGAAACAGGGGCACAGAGAUGAAGGGCAGAGCUGGGCUCCUCACAUCCGACAGCGGCUUCAGUUCUCUGAGACACCCACACCUUCAUUGCCACAACAACAACACAAGAGCACACGCCACAGCCACUCAUCCGUCCAAUCGGACACCUUCUCCACUCCCUUGGGUGUGUUUCCAUGGGAACGGGAUGACACAAAACCAGCAGCAAGGAGGCGACCUCUGCCCUCUCCCUCUUUGAUGCCGUCCUCUGAUGUCACAAAUCAAGGCCUGUCAGAGCAGGGGGUUCAUGGGAAGGACCGCAGGACAGAGACAGACAUGUCUCCUCAAAUUCAAAGUCGUAUGUCUUCCCUGGAAGAGGAGCUGCUGGUGAAGGACAGGACGUUGAAGUCCAUUCAGAAUGAAAUGGCGCAAACCAAGAAGGAGCUCGCCACCAAGGAGCUCAGCCUGCAGAAAGUCUCCAACGAGCUUAGCCUGGCACAGACACGUAUGGCCCAGGACAGUGAACGGGCGUCAGGAGCUGAGCAAAGACUGAAGCAACUACAAGAGGAGCUCAAGUGUCAGAGGCAAAAUGCAGAAAGCAGCAGACUGCAACACCAACAGCGUACCAAAGAGCUGGAGAAACAACAUCAGAGGGAUUUGACAGAGCUUCAGAAGGAGAGGCAGUGUCUGGAGAAGCAGCAUCAACAGGACGUGAAUAAGCUCAACCAGGAGCUUCAACAGGCUAGAACGCUCCACAAUGCCCUGCAGGCCCAGGCUGACAAGCUUUCUCUACAGAAGCAGGCGCUGGAGAAAGAGUUGGAGACUCUGAAAGAGAAACUGAAAUGGACGGAGGGACAGCUCAAGGAGAGCCAGAAGAAAGAAGCACAGACACAAUCCAAACUGACGGAAGCUGUGCGUGAGGCAGAGGGCGUGGCUGUGACUCUGGAGCAGAGCAGGAAGCGAGAGCGAGCUCUGGAAGAGGAGGGGAGGAGACUUGCGGAUGAGCGAGCUGACACCCUGCGUCUCCUGAAAGAACUACAGGAGCAAAAGUCAGCACCUCCUCCACAAUCUGUCCAGUUUUGCCCUGUUGGACAGAGUUUUUCAUCUCAGUCUUCCUCUUCUAAUUAUCCUCGACCGUCAGCCCAAACCAAGAGGCCUUCUUCAAACCGAGCUGAGCAGAGGAGGGAAGAAGAGGAUACACAGGAGAGAAGGACCGAUAUCAGAGCAUCUUAUCCUUCUGAUAGAGAGCCAGGAGAAGGAAUUGACUCGGAACACAUCAGUGCCCUGAUCUCCCCAGACUCCUCAGAGUGUUUAAAGAGAGCAGGAGACAAAGGGAAAAUUAAUGAAGAGGAGAACAAAGUUAUAAAUGAGGCGAUAGAAUCUGAUGUCUCUCAUACACCCAUCAACAACUCUAAAGAUCUUGAUAGAAUGAUCAGUCUUGAGCAGUCACCUAAGACACAAAAUUUGACCCUUUCUGCAGAAAAGACACCUGCUCUCAAGUCUGAGCAGACCGUUCCCUCUGAAGACCUCAAAAAGGAGAAUGCAAUGCUCCGUUCAGAGCUCCAAGAUGUACGAGAUGAACUGCAGAAACGACUGGAGGAUCUGGAAGCCCAACGAAGAGCUGAGACAGAAGCCAGGACCCGCCUUAAACAGCUUAGCCGCAAACACACCAGCCAGGCUGCAGAGAAAGAGGAGAAAGAAAAGGAAUGGAAGGCACAACUGGAGACUGAAAGAGCUGAGACAGAGAAGCUGAGGAGGGCGAUGACUGCUUUGGAGGCAGACAUAAAGAGUGUAAAGGAGAGGGGAAGCGAGCAGGAGGAAGAGAAAAACAAAGAACAACAAGAUAGGGAGAGUGAAAUGAUAGAGCUUAAUAUCCAGCUUAAAAAACAGCUAGCGGAGGUGAAAGCUCAGCUGGCUUUAGAGCAAGAGGAAAAAAAGAGAGAGGAAGAGGAGAGAAGCCAAAUAAUAAACACAGACGCUAAUGUAAAGGAACAGCUGAGCAUGAAAGUGGCAGAACUUAAAGCUCAAGUGGAAGAACUGAAGCAAAAAAGAAAACCCACACAAGAAGAGAAGCACACAGAUACAAACACUCCCCUGACGUAUUUGACUCUUCGUGAUGACGAGCUCAACUCCAACAUCAAUAGCUGUGGCAACACACUCCUACCUUCACCAGAGCAACACCUCCUUUUCUGCCAGUCUACCAACCAACACAACAUGCUUAUUUCUCAGACAGCAGCAGACAUCAUCCAAGAAAAGAGCAACGUGAUAGAUGCCGAGCACUCUCCUCUGUCAGACAAUGGUCAGAUAGGCCGAAUAGCCUCAGACCCCCAGAAGGCUGAGCCUACAGCCUCUAAUUUGGUGAAAGAGGUGGAGCAACUGAAGAAUGAGAAUGCAAAGGAGACAGAGCGUGCUAACCAGUGUCAGAUUAAACUGGAGGCUCUGCAGAGCCAGGUGACACGUCAGACGCAGCAGCUAACCAUGGCCUUCGAGAAGCAGAGUCAGCACAUUGCAGGCCUUCUAACUGAGCUACAAGAGAAGGAGAGCGCCCUCCAAAGCCAAAAACAGGAACUACUACAAUGCAAGCAAGAGCUGGAUGAACUAAAGAAUGAUAAAAAGGAUGAGGUGAAGAUGAUGGUCAAAGAGGUGGAGGAAGAGAUACAAAGUGAAGAACAGCGAGAUGAGAAGUCGGUGGAGAAUUCAGAUCUCCCACUAAAACAGGAAAAGGAGAGUAGGGUCACCUGUCAAAUUGCAGAGUCACUGCCUGAGAGUGACUUGAAAGCGCAGUGUGAUGCAAGUCAGGCAGAGACAUGUGAUACUCAAACGGCAACACCUGAUAGCAGUGAAGAAGCUAAGAAAACAGGGGACCAGCAUCCUGAAUCUAUAGACUCAAACAAAAUUCAGAGUAACCCUGACUCUGCUUGUGUGAUGGUAGAGACUGAGUGCGGUCAAAGCGGAAAACAAGCAGAUAUCCUUACUGAACUGCUCACUCUCAGAUGGGAGAAUCAGCUGUUGAAACAAAGAAUUGAGGGCCUGACCAUCUCUGACGCACAAAACCCAACAUUACAGACUGAUGCUGAAAAUCAAGACGACCCAACACAAAGCCAAAACACAACAAACGCUGCCCUGUCCUGCUUGGCAGAAGACGGGACACUGAGUCUGCUGAAUGACGUCAUGACUGAGAGUCUGGAGUCAAAUAUAAACGAGGAAGAAGAUGAAGGACAAGAUUUAAAAAAGGAAGAUGAAAGAAAUACAAGAGCUGAAGAAGACCUAGAGGAAAUGUCUGAGGUGCAUGUAAAUCAACUACAACAGCAGGUGGAGGCACUGCAGAUAAGGGUACGAGCUCUCUCUGAGGAGACCCAGCAGCAGGCAGAGGAGCUUGCUGUAUGGAGACUGGCCUCCCAAACAGCACCAACAUUUGAGGAAUGUGAAACCCAUGAACUGACCUCUGCUGUCAAACAGUCCCAGUCAAACCAGGAGCAAACAGAUGAGAUGACCCAGUGCUCGCCUCAAACUCUACCUGUUCAGGAUCCGGUUCAGACACCCACACUGGAUAGACAGAAGAGCCAGGAAACCAUCACAGUCAUCAGAGAAGACGAGUUACUCGUUUCCUGCUCCUCCAACAAACUGCAGGGCCGCAUGUUGUUCUCCAGACUGCAGAACAGCAACCUUACUGAACCAAAGAGCCUCCAUCCCUUUAAAACUGCUGAAAUGCUUCAAGAAUACAGUCAGGACACUGCCACGGCUGACCAGGAAUCUGAAAAAGAAAACCAGGAGAUUAACUUCACACAAUGGCCAGAUAAUUGUCCAAAAGUAAGAAGAGACACUCAACUCACCCAAAUGACAUUGGAGAAAAUGGCUCAACAUCACUCAGGCGAAGUCUGUGAGCCAGAUUCGACCAAAACAGAAGCCAAACUAAACACAACAACUAACUCCUCAGACAGAGUUGUCAAGAUAGAAAUGAAAAGUGUCAGCAUUCAGACAGAGGAGAGUUUGAAUCCUCGUGGCGUUUCAACAGUAUGUGUUAACACUCAGACUGAGGAGGAGGAAGAACAAGGUUCAGUGGAUUCCCCUCCUGUGUCUCGUGUCCAGUUAUCUGGGGAGGCGGCAUCAGGAGACAAAAUCUUGUUUUCUGGUUCCUUCCCCAUCCCGGCUGACCCGGCACGUCUGGCUGAAAGAAUUCGCCGCAACAGGACACAGCUGUCAGCUGCCUUUGACGACACAGAAUACGAACCCUAUGGUCUGCCGGAAGUCGUCAUGAAAGGUUUUGCUGACAUUCCCAGUGGUCCUGCAUGUCCCUACAUUGUGAGAAGAGGUUUGUUGGGCACCGCUGUGCUACCCGUCUCCCAGAAAGACACAGAAUUGGAAGAGACAGAUUAAAACAAAGCAAGAGGAUUUUUGCAGACCUGCUGGAAACGCCUGACUCACCCUGGCUUUACCAUGAACCUGAAUAAUGGACAACAGCCGCUGCACAAGAGACUCAAAGCAAUUAAAACCUUGAAACAAACACGGGCAGUUUAAAAAGCUGCAAUCAGCUGUGGACUUCUGUGCGUGUGUGUGCAGGUAACUAGGACUGCACUGACAGAAUAAACACCUCCACUGUGGAUCCAAAAAUGUUUUAAUGGCCUCUAGUUUAUCCACAAAUUACCACAUGGAGACUUUGCUGUCCAUCACAAUGGUGUCACUUUACACCCACCUGUAUAUUUAGGUACUGAGGUGGUGGUUUAGUGAUGCUUGUUGGUGUUUCUUGAACCACUUUUCCAAAGGGAUUGUUUAGCUUUUUGUAACUCAGAAUUAAGUUAUGGGCCUAGCCCGCUCUUACUUUGCAUGAAACUGUGCCUAGUUGGUGUUUUUCUAAACAAGCACUUGUCAAGAUAAGUUUGACUUGUUUUUCAAAAGGGUCAAGCCAAGAAAGACCUGUUGUGGCAAAUAUGUUUGAAUCUUUAAACCAUUUCAGGUGGCUUAUUUUUGGACACUUGAAUGUGUUUUCAUAGAGGGGAGGUGUUAGGAAAAAAAUGUGUGAAAACAUAGUGUGAGUGUGUGAAUUAUUAGCUGUGAAUUUGCACCUUUGUGUCCCUAUCUUGGUGUUUCUGUUUGUCUAUGUGUGGGGGGGAUAAAGAGAGACUGGGAUAAGCAUGUCUAUGACUCAGUGUAACCUGCUUUGGUUUCCGCUCCAUGUAAGGUGAUACACACUGCAUUCCCACUCUCCUCCCUCUCCUGCUCUGCUUCUGUGACUUACACUAACGCACUCUCAGUAGUUACACAAAACAAAAUUCCCAUAAACUAAACAUGUGAAGCUUUACUUUGUUAGAAUUAGAUGAACUAAGCUGGUGUUUUAUAAUGGAUAGCUUUUAAUUUAUUUGCUUUUUCUUCUUGCACAUUUGUAGACAACAUGUAAAUGGUUUUGUAGUUGAGUUGGGAGAAAUGUCAAGUUUGUUAUAUACCCUAAAACAGCAGAUUUUUCACCGUUGUGUUUACAGGAUUUGAUCUGGUAAAGGAUAGGUUCUUAAUUCUACUUAAAGUUAUACUCACAGGCCCUCAUGUGCAUUGUUGAGUUUCCCAGCGUGGAUCAAAUAGCUAUCAAAAUCUGAGAUUGGUAUGACCCUUGAACAGUCUCUGCCUCUGUGGAAUAUUUACUCUAGACACUUGCAGCCAUAUUUCCAGAACUAAUUCAUAAAAUUUUCUUUGUGUUGCGAUAGCUACUUGCGUGCCAGCUGGCUGUGUGGAUGCCAGUCAGUCAGAACAGUUCCUGGAGAGUUUCUGUUUUCUCUCUGCUCUUCUGUUUACCCCCUUGACAUUUGGCUUAACAGACAAAAUUACACCAACGCCCAUGCUAACUAGCAUAUUAGUAUAUCUCACUUGGCUAUGUCACUGUAAACAGUUCAGCCACAAUAAGGUUCCCCUUCUUGCCUUCAACAAAGCUCUCAGCAUAGACACUGGACCUCUGGGGUGUCCAUGGUGUUUGGCACCAGGAUGUUGAUAGCAGAUUAUUUGAGUGGGGCUUCCAUGGAUCUGGAUAUUUCUUGCAUGUCCUGUGGCUUCUUAAUUGGAUUUAAAUGUGGGAAAUUUGGAAACUUUGCCAUGCUCCUCAAACUGUUAGAAAAGUUUUCUCAAUGUAAUAGGGAUGGGCAACCAUGUUAAGGUGGGCGUUAAUGUGUCAAAGUAACACUCAAGUGGAUGACAGGACCCAAAGUUUCCCUGGAUAGCAUUAUAAUCAGAUAGUCAGGUUUAUUCUCUUACCUUAGUUUAGACCAACACUUUUUUUUUUUCUGAAGAUAUAUUCGUACCAUUGACUCUCUCUUUGUUUAAACUUUUAAGGAAGUUAGAUAAAAGUGAAUAACUUUGAUAAUAAAUGAUGAUUGUGCCCUCCGUUAUAAAAUUUGUGGGUCAGAAUGUUUGGGACAAAAAUGGGCCAAAAAUAAAGAAAAUGCAGAAUUAUUAUGUUGCAAGUAGAGCACCUGCUGCAAUCCACUAGAAUGAAGUACAUGAAUUUUUACAUCCUGGUGUGACCUACCAUGUGAUCAAUCCUCCAAAGUUCAUGUUUAUAGGUUAGAAAAUGUCCAGAGAAAGGUGAGCUUAAAUCAAAAAGAAACAAAAAGAGGGAAUUUCAUUUACAAGUCCAGCUUCCAAAUUUUAAUUUCAGCUUAGCCAUUUAUGAAAUGCUUUGGAGCUGUUAAGGACAGGAGGAAGUGGCCAUUUAUUUGUUUAUAUAGAUAACAAGACAUGAGUAUAAUUUUAAAGUAAACUAUAUUAAAAACAGUGAAUCUCUCCUUUAAACCUGGCUGUGCUUUCCUCCAGUGAUUUUUAGUUUGUGUCACAUUUGUUUAAAAUGGAGUGAUUUUUGUUUUUAUGUUUACAUUUUAUUUAGUGGUAGAGUACUUCUUGUUUGUAAAGUUGUCUCACACACACACACACACACACGCAAACACCUCACCUCGCUCUCAGCCGCCUUCAUAACUCUGGGAUCUGUAGUCUUUUGGCGCCGAGGUCUGACCCUGAGUGGGUGUAUUUGUUGCCUUGUUUUGGACACUUUUAUGUGAAUGUAUCGGUGUUGUGUUUGCGAUUAGAAUAAAAGGUUUGCUUUUAUUAAACCGCUGUCUCUCUGA